AUGACAGACCUAAAGACCGAGCCUAGUGGCCUUAGAAAGGCGCUGAGAGAGAAGUACAAGUAUGAAGGCAAUGGACUCGUCAUAAUAGAGAGUAUAUGUGGUGACCUGGGGAAACUCCUGCGAGAUUAUCGUGUGGAGGGUGUAAAUGGUCGAUUUUGGACUGACAAGUUGCUGCGGCAUAUCUUGAGUCGAGCAAGAAUUAAGGCCGAAUUAAAACGACGUGGAUAUGGAUUUGACGAUCCGGAAGUUGAUAAAUACGUCGACAAAAUCCAUCCGCCAGAGGCGGAAGUCUCAGCAGACUAUACUCCACUGGGAGCGUUCCUUAAGGUUUUCGCACUGCUUGUAUUACAAGAACGCUGCCAUGAUAUUCGGCAUUUUGUAAAUGCUGGGUUUAACGACCAGAAGCUACCUAUCAGGAUUGAGAACAACACAGUCUAUCCUCUAACCGGACCUAACACACCUAUCGCAUGUUUUGAAGGCUGGAAAAGUUCGGAGAAAGAAUACUUUGAAUCGUAUCAGUGGAGAGUUGAUACACCAUAUUUCAGCUCGACUGCGGAUGAGCCUUUGAAAGUGCACUAUCUACAUAAAGACACCUGCAAGCCGUGGCGUCGGUCUCGCGAAACACCAUCUGAUGCCCAUGAUGACGUUUCAGAUAAUAUGGGAACUUUUGGAAUAGUGACAAGAGUCGACAUCCACCCAACUUCACAUUCCUAUCAGCAACUAUUGGCAAGUAUCAAUCUUGAUUGUACAAAGUUUGCAAUCAAGACACUUCACACCACAAGCCACGAUAAUGAUUCAAAGUUCCAAGAGGAGUGGAAGAUGCUUAAGCUUUUCAACGGACUCAAGCACCCCCACCUAGUGACCGCCCUGUGUGCUUUUCAAUGUGCAGAAGAAAGGGGUUUUAUCUUCCCUAGUGCGAUCUGUGAUCUCAGCGAAUACCUGGAGAGGAGAGAACCCCCAAGGCACCGCAAGGUGACAAUCUGGUUAUCCAACCAACUGCUAGGACUAAUAGGUGCGCUCCAGACUAUACAUAAUCCGAAACAUAUAGACCAAGGAGUAGCCAGUGGCUAUGGCAGACAUGGGGACAUCAAGUGCGAUAACGUUCUUUGUUUUAAGAAAUCAGGGGAUGAAGAUGAAAUUGUUUUAGUCAUUUCUGACUUUGGCUUGUCGACUCUCAACAGCGCUAAGAGUUGCUCCAACAUCCCCAAUCAAAGGGUUCCCCCAGUUCCUGGAUACUGCCCUCCCGAAUGCAAAAUUGAAGGCGGAACUAUAUCAAGAGCCUUUGAUAUCUGGACAAUGGGGUGUUUGUUUCUAGAGCUAAUAACCUGGUUCUUAGGCGGACCUCGAUAUGUCGAAGAGUUUGAUGAUGCAAGGACCACGAUGUCCAUCAACGGUGCAAAUAACAAUGUUUUCUAUUCUUUUACAAGAAGACCUGAUAGAGAGAGUUACGCGGUGCAGGUAAAGGCCGAGGUUGUUGAAUGGAUUAUCAAGUUACAUCAACGUGCAUAUUGCUCUGAAUUCUUACACGAUACUCUUGAUAUCAUUUCAAAAGAGAUGAUAGUAGUCAUUACGCAAGGGCGAAAUCGAUCAUCGUCCAGACAGAUUUUAAACGCUUUCCAGAAGUUAUCUUCGAAAUGCACUAAGAAGACGGGUUAUGUUAUUGGCAAACCAUGGACUGCCGACAAAGCUGAAACUGUUGGAAAAUCUAUAAGAAAGGGUAAUGUCGCUGUCGAUGCAAUUCCUCGCUAG